AAAUAUAUUUUACAGACAGCCACAGAACAACCCAUAGACCUCGUGAAAAACGAAACUUCGCACUUAAGUUGAACUGAAAGCAUUACAUUAGUUUGUUAACUCUUAACAUUGAAGAAAACACUAGCAGUUGUCAUCAAUAUGGCACAUUAUCACAGACCACCAGACUCCAAAAGAGAGCAGUUUCGCAGAUAUUUGGAGAAAGGCGGCGUGAUCGACAGUCUCACCAGUGUUUUGGUAAAUCUUUAUGAACAACAAGAGAAGCCUACAAAUGCUUUGGAAUUUGUCAAGCAGCACCUGGGCGCUGUUGCUGACUCCUCUGAUACAGACUCUCUGGAGCAGGAGCUGGCAGACCUAAGACAGAAGUGUGCUCAACUCACUGAGGAGAACCAGGAGCUCAGGGCAAAGCUACGCCACUACGAACCUGAACAUGACAAUGGUGCAUGAGCCCAUUUCACACAUUUUUAAUUUUGCCCACUAUUGUGUUAAGUGUAUUUUACUCUUAUUUAUUCUGUAUAUGGCCAUGUAAGUAAUUUUGUACUGUCCACAUACUUGAAUAACCUUUGCGCUUUACAAGUCUUGGCACUUUGUUUUGAAGUUUACUAAAAUAAUAUUCUUGAUUAAUGAUUUAAAUUUGUUAUGACCAUCACCAUGUGAUUAGGAUAUGUUUUCUGUCAAUAUUGAUAUUUUUUUUAAAUAAAAGAAAACACUGAGUGGAA